AUGCCUGGGAGUGAACUUUGGACUGAUGGACUUAUUUGUGCAUUUGAAUUUGUGCAUGUGCAUAAGAACUCUGUUGUACCAAAAUCUUUUUCGAAACAUCGGUCAUCUCAUCAUGUAGAUAAUUUAAAUGCAAAGAAGCCCAUGAACUCUAGUGGUAGGAUUCGACCUACUUCUCAAAAAGUAGAAGGCAACAAUUUGCUGGAAUCAUCACCACUUAUUGAACUAGGUCAGGCUGGCUGUUUGGACAUGGAUGGCCAGAACUCUCAAUCAGACUGCUUCCAACCCAUUGAAAGAUUUGAAGGGAGUCAUUGGGUUCCUAUUGGGUGGGCUAGAAUUUCUGAACUUGUGCAGACAGUGCGAGUUGAUGCAGGAUGGAGCGCUCAGCAGUUCGAUUUCAUAGGUGAUGAGGAUGAGGUAACUGUUGCUGAGUUAGCUGCCCCAUACUGGGAACGGCCAGCUGGGCCUAUAUGGUGGUGCCAUCUUUCAGCAGGUCACCCUUCUGUGGAUGCAUGGCUCAACAAUGCCUCGUGGUUACAUCCUGCGAUUAGUGUUGCUUUGAGAGAUGAAAGUAGAUUGAUAAGCGAUAGGAUGAAACACCUUUUAUACGAGGUUCCAGUAAGGGUGGCUGGAGGUUUGCUUUUCGAGCUUCUGGGGCAGUCUGUCGGCGAUCCUUAUGUCGAAGAAGAUGACGUGCCCGUUGUCCUUCGUUCAUGGCAAGCACAGAACUUCCUUGUAACUGUUCUGCACGUGAAAGGAUCUACUUCAAGAAUUAAUGUUUUGGGCAUUACAGAAGUCCAGGAACUUCUUCUUGCUGGUUGUUAUAAUACACCAAGGACAGUACAUGAGAUUACAGCACAUUUAGCUAGCCGCCUUGCCCGAUGGGAUGAUAGGAUAUUUCGGAAAUCCAUCUUUGGGGCGGCUGAUGAAGUGGAAUUGAAGUUUGUGAACAGGAGAAACAAUGAAGAUUUAAAUCUUUACGGUAGAAUUCUCAACCAAGAAAUAAGAAGGUUAUCAAGACAGGUUAUUAGAGUAAAAUGGUCGCUCCACGCUAGAGAGGAGAUUGUUUUUGAACUCCUUCAGCAUUUGAGAGGGAAUUCAACAAAAACUCUGCUGGAAGGAAUACGAAAGAGUACUAGGGAAAUGAUUGAAGAGCAAGAAGCAGUUCGUGGUCGCUUAUUUACCAUCCAAGACGUCAUGCAGAGUACUAUUCGUGCAUGGUUGCAGGAUAGGAGCCUUACCGUCACUCAUAAUCUAGCCGUAUUUGGAGGAUGUGGCCUUGUUCUUUCCAUAAUCACUGGGCUUUUUGGGAUCAAUGUGGAUGGGAUCCCUGGAGCUGAAAACACACCAUAUGCCUUCGCUCUAUUUGCAGGACUUCUAUUCUUCUUAGGUAUGGUGCUAAUUGUGGUCGGGUUGAUCUACCUUGGAUUGAAAAAACCCAUCAAAGAAGAGCAGGUGGAAGUGAGGAUGUUAGAGCUCGACAAGUUAGUCAAGAUGUUCCAACACGAGGCCGAGACUCAUGCUCAGGUUCGUAAACAAGUCUCGCGCCAUAACUUGCCACCAACAGCUGGAGAUGUGUUCUCAGAAGAUCCUGAUUAUGUUCUAAUUCAGUGA